AUGGCGGGGGAUCUGUCUUCCUGGAAGCAGCUGGAGAUGAGCGCUGACUCUGCAGCCACUCUUCUUCUCCUCUUUGUUUCGCCUCGGAUGGCAGCAGCCUGUGUUCAGCUGUUGUUGGCUGCCUCCCUGUGGCUGCCUCCUCUCUCAGAGGCUGCUGCUGUCGCUCCUCUCAACGUGAGCAGAGCUGCAGCUGAGACCCCGUCUGACCUCUGGAUGCUCAGUGCAGCUGAGACCCCACGCAGAAGAGAGGUUUCCUCCAGAGAGAUCAACGCUCUGCUAGAUUACCACAACCGAGUCCGCUCACAGGUGUUCCCCCCCGCAGCUAAUAUGGAGUUCAUGCUCUGGGAUGAGGGACUCGCUAAGUCCGCUGACUCCUGGGCCUCACAAUGCGUUUGGGAUCACGGUCCGACACAAGCCAUGAGAUACAUGGGCCAAAACCUGUCCAUCACUACAGGAAGAUACCAGUCCAUCACUGAUCUGGUCCGGUCCUGGUACGAGGAGAGGCAUCACUUCUCCUACCCGAACAGAUGCAGUGGAGCAGUUUGCUCUCACUACACCCAGAUGGUUUGGGCGAGCACCAAGAAAGUGGGAUGUGCCGUCAGGAAUUGCUCCAACAUGAAGGUGUUUGGAAGCACGUGGAAGGAGGCGACGCUGCUGGUCUGCAACUACUCUGUGAAGGGCAACUGGGUGGGGGAGGUCCCCUAUAAGAGGGGCAAGCCUUGCUCUGUCUGUCCGUCCAGCUACGGCGGAUCCUGCUGGAGGAACCAGUGCUCCCCAAAAACAACACCCAGAUGA